UAAUUUCAAUUUUACCCUUUUUAAUUUUCCACUCGUGCCAAACAUCCUUAAUCUUGACGAAAUAGCUGCCAUAGAUGUCUGCUUCUUGGUUACUAUUUUCCACUCCUUGUUCAAAGAUUAACCACCACUUCUACCUUCGUAUUAAUUUCAAACAAAUGGUCACUACUAGCAGUUCAAAUCCUAAUAGAGGGGCAUUUACAACACUCAAAGAAAGGGUUAUUUUUGAAAAAGAAAUCAAGAAGAGCAAAUUUAUUGCAAUUGCUGGCCACAUUCCUGAUGAGCGUUCUGCUCAAUCUUUCCUUUCUGAGGUACGAGAACCUAGAGCUACACAUAAUUGUUGGGCUUACAAGGUUGGAGAACAAUAUCGGACUAAUGAUGAUGGUGAACCAUCCGGUACUGCUGGCAAGCCGAUACAUUCUGCAAUUGCAUCCUCAGGAUUGGAUAGAAUCAUGGUUGUUGUGAUCAGGCACUUUGGAGGAAUUAAACUUGGCACUGGAGGUCUAGUUAGAGCUUAUGGAGGAGUAGCUUCAGAAUGUUUGAGAAAUGCUCCUACAUGUCUCAUAAAAUCUAAAGUCCCGAUGGGCUUGGAGGUUCCUUUUGAAAUAUUAGGAGUUCUAUACCAUCAGCUACAGUCUUUCCAAGCAGAAGAUAUCAAGCAGGAUUAUGAUACCGGGAAAGAUGGAGUUACCAUGGUCACAUUUAAAGUUGAUUUUGACCGUGUACAAGGUUUAGAAGAAGCUAUUAAGGCCAACUGCAGCCGUGACAUUGUAUUCUACAAAAGCUAGAAUUUUUCCAUAUCAGUCUUGCUGGAAC